AUGAAUGCCUUCCAGGCUGCCUCGGAUGUGUUUAAACAAAUGGAAUUAGCUGGAGUUCCCCUUAGUAUUUACUCGCUUAACGUGCUGAUUGAUUGCUUCUGCAAAUUGGGUAGUGUGGGUUUUGGCUUCUCAGUUUUGAGCAAAACUUUCAAACUUGGUUUUCAACCUGAUGUUGUCACGUUCAGUACAUUGAUUGAUGGGCUAUGUAAAGUUGGAAAAGUCGUUGAGGCUGUGAGGUUGGCUGAUAAAAUUAGGAUUCUGGGGUGUCCACUGAAUGUGGUCACUUACAACACAAUCAUCUGGGGACUGUGUAGGGCAGGACAGACAAGUAUUGGACUUGAAUUGCUCGGAAAAAUGGUAAAGUUUGGGUGUGAACCUGAUGUGGUUAGUUAUAGCACAGUCAUCGAUAGCCUCUGUAAGGAUGGAAUGGUAUCGAAAGCUUUGGACAUGUUUCUCGAGAUGAGGGAUAAGGAUAUUUUGCCAAAUGUUGUUUCUUACAAUUGCUUGAUUUCUGGUUUAUGUAUCUCAAGCCAAAGGAAUGAAGCUAUGAAGUUGUUGAAUGAAAUGAUGGCUAAUAAGAUCAUGCCUUAUGUAGCUACCUUCAACAUGAUGAUUAAUGCUUACUGUAAGAAGGGAGAUGUUCUGGAGGCUAAAGCUAUUGUCAAAAUGAUGAUUGAAAGAGGACUGUUGCCAGAUGUCAUCACUUACAAUUCGUUGAUGGAUGGAGGAUGGAUGAGGCUGAAGAAUUAG